UCAAAUCUCCAAACUGAAAUGCAUUCAUUGAAGCUGGCCUCACACACACGUGGUCUGGUGCGGUCGUCGCAUUCAUUGGUAGACCGUUUUUUGGGAGAUUGAAAGACACUUGCGAACUGGUUUUCCAGUGUUGACCUUCAUCUUCAACGUUUCAAAAUUACCAUUAUUAUCUUUGGAUGGCACUAAACUGAUUUUUUUCAACUAGAAAAAUGUCCGUUAUCAUAGAAAACAGCCGGCCUAAGAUUUUGGUCCUAUCCAGCGGUGGUGCCGUGGAUUCGGGAACAAAUGCUACCAUUGUUAAUGGUGACGAAUCACUGAUGAAGUCUUUGGAGGAUUCUGAUGUUGUUAUGGAAGAGCCUCCUGCUCAACAACCUUUGCCUAUUGAUAUACCUGAUGAUUCUACUAAAAAAGAAGAAUUGAGUAAUGGGAUUGUGAGGAGUGAGUUGCCUCAGAUCAUUAGCAGCGAUGUGGAAAUGGAAAAUCUAUCAGGCGCUUCUAGUGAAAUCCCUGUUCCUUCCCGUUCUUCCCCAGAAGCGGAGCUGCAGAUAAAAGAACUGCAAGCCGAAUUACUGCGAGAAGAGACCAAGCUUACAUUAAUGAAAAGAAUUUACCAGCUACAAAAUCAACCGGUGAAACAGGAAAAACGGGAAGAAUCAACGGGAGCAGAGCGUAAAGGUCAGCACAGUAAAGCAGCAGCGGCUGUCGUGCUGCAACAGAAUGGCAUCAAAGCCAACAAGAAUCAACCCGAUGGAGCAACAGGGAAAAGUGACAAGCAGUUUGCACGAGAUGCCAGGAAGACACAACCUGUGCUGAAAUAUCAGCAGAAUGCAACGACUGGCCCCGGCUACGGCGGUUAUUCAGGACCUGCCGCGGCAGUUCAGAAUUCGCGCGCGCAGCCAGCGCCACCAACACCCCAGCCUCCUCCGCCUGCACAAAAACCACAACAACACCCUAUUGAAACACUGGAACAGCAGUUCUCUAACGACCGAAUUACUUUGCGGCGUCAGAUGGAAAAAUCCAUAAUGCAGAUUGUACCUCCUAAACCACCUCUUCCUGAUAUAAAUUUCAUCCCCAAUACCGUUUGCCCGGAUUUCGUUGCAUUAUUGGGGAUGGAAUUGGCAGCGAACUAUGCCAUAAAUGGCAAAAAUCUUAUCGAUCAAUCCAGUUAUGUGGAACCUCACCAAUGUCUUAAGUGCGGCGAAGAUGUCUGUCCGUUAUGGAAAGUCGAUGCAGAAAAUCAUCCUACGGUGGUCUGUGAAUCCUGCUACUAUGCAGCAAGGAGUACGGUAUCGCGAACGGGUCAUCUUGACGCUCUUAAAAAAUCGUUCGCAGAUGUUCUUGAUAAGGAGCGCGAUCUGGAACGCUCACACGCAGCGGCGAUGGAAAAAGCCAAAGCGACAGCACCUCCGCGGACGGUAAACAAACCGGCGCCCCUGGUUCCCACCUAUCCCAGCAACGCCAACGUGCGUAGUCAAGUGGCAUCGACCAUCGUCAAUAAUCAUCACGGCGGCACCAACAGUAACAACUCCCACCAUAUUGUGCGCAGCAGUCCCAAGCAGUCGUCUUUCUACAACCAGGCCGCCGGUCUGGCUCCUCACCACAGUCAAUCAGCGGGCCUACGUCCCGCAUCAUCCCUGCCGCCGGCCCCGCCCGCCAGGAAUUCCAGUAAGCCUCCUAUCUCAUCGCCCUACGCCCCGAUGGCCAUGCCGAUUCCUUUUGCCCCCACAUCGACAUCUAACCGACAACAGCAACAUGUUUUGCGUCAGUCCGCCGAUGUCCAGAGGCAGUACCUUUUAGAUAUGAUCUCACGGGCACCAAAGCAGCAGUCGGCGCCGGCUGGAGGGGGGCGCUUGGAGGAAAACUUGACUUGGGCUACGCCAAUUGGUGUUAUGUUUUGGAUUUGUUAGGCAGCCGCUUUUGUGGUUGAAUCCGUUUUUUGCUCGAGCAGAGAAUUUGUGCGUUCCGGUUGGACAUGGUUUGCAUAAAUCGGUUUCUGCCGAGAAGUGAAAACUGGCUGGUUAAGUCAUGGGAAAUGUUGUUUUUAGUCAUAAUCAGUUUGGCUACUUUUUUGGUCGUUUUAAACAAAACUUUACAGUUAUUUGGUAAGGGUUUGCGGACUUUUUUAGUUUUGCUUAAUUGAACUAGCUGGCACAGAACAAUAAAUUAUUGGACAAUUUUGUCAUCAAAAUUGUUUGAAAUGAAUUCUUGCAGGAUGCGGUUUGUUGAAAUUGUACAUCU